AUGGCAGAACCCACGACGACGGCCGAGCGGCAGAUGGCGGGUAUCAAGAGUCGCGAGCGACUGCGACGGGAUCAAGAGAGGCAGCUACGGCAACUCCCAUUUCUGUACCACCGCGUCAAAGAUCUUCAGGACACGUGCGAACGGCUGGAGCAGGAGCUCGCGAGCUCGCAUCAGCGAGUGGCCGCCUUUCAGCAGGAAGCGUUUGCUCUGCGCAGCCUCAUCAAGUUCACCGAGCAUCCUGAGCUAGCCGCGGCGGCAAAGAACGAUGCAGCCAAGCACGUGUUGCAGGAAGAGGUGAGGGAGCUGCGAAACCAGGUUCAAAGGCUGCGGCGCGAGAAGGAACUGUCACUGCGUCAGUCUGAGGAAGCGUGCGAGGCGGCAGAGUUUUACAAAGAACUCUGCGAUCAGCUCUACGAGGAGUCUUUGCGUGCCGCGGAGGCAAUCGCGGUCGGUGGCGCUACGUCGGGUUUGGAAUCCGUUGUGACCCCACUGCCGAACAGAAACGUCGAUGACAUGACGCUUGCCGUCUCUACUGCCCCGUCUACGGCGACCUCGAUGGAAGCGCAGAUGAGGCAGCUGCACGGGGCCCUGGAACUCGAGCGAGCGCGGUCGUCGGCGCUCGUGGAGACGGUGAGUUUGCUUCACACUGCCAUGAAAGCGACCACUGCCGCUGGCACCAAGCGCUCUACUCCUGCGCCGGACAGCUCUGCAGGGUGGGCAGAGAGGCGCAGAGAGGACGACACUAGUGGCAUUUGUGCCAGCCGUUCUCGCGUGUUCGCAGACGACACCCGCAAGAGUAGGACCCGGCUAAAACGGCUUGCGGCCGUGCUGCGCGUCGAGAAUCGUCUUUUGACGCAGCGGGUGACAGAGGUGGUCGCGCGCAACAUGCGCUGCGUCAAGGAAAUUUCGGCCCUAAAGCUGGCCAAUAAACGCCUUGAGCUGAACCAGCGGCAAGAGAGCUAG